CCAGCAGGGACUCGUGCCUGGACUCCAGUCGAGCACAGCUGCGAGACUUGGAGCACUGAACGAGGACUUGGUUGUGUUGUGCUGUGUGGCUGCUGGCAGCAGUUCUUGGUGCCCAUCCCACAGCAUCGCUUGUGUGCCCCUGGCCCUGCCUGGCUCAGGCAGCUGGGGCUCUGUGGGGUGUGCUUGCAGCAGUGGAGUUUGUGACACCUUCUGCCUGCUGCAGCGCCACUGAGGGGAGCAGCUUCCUGACCUCAGCUCUCCCCAGCCCACCGCUCAGCCCAGGGCCAUGGAGGUGCCGUCAGACUGGACCUGCCCCAUCUGUGGGCACAGUCAAGGCGAUGUUGCCUACACGACCCCCUGUCUCCACCAACUUUGCUAUGGCUGUGCGCUCUGGUGGGCAAGGAAAAAGCCAAGUUGUGCCAUAUGUGGGCACAAGAUCUGGACCAUCCGAUGCUCAGUGAGGUCGGAUGACGAUUACAUUGAGUGCCCUGUCCCGCAGCCCGCAGCGCACUCAGGUUAUGGCCUGCAGGGAGAGCAGGAGCCUACAGAGCCAAUCCUCCUGCCUCCAGAGUACAGCUUCCCACCUGAGAUCUGGGCUGCUUUUUUCCAAGAACACCCACAAGACCUCAGGCCCCUGCUCCAGUGGCUCCAAAAAGAAAUCAGGAGCAUGACCGUUGAUGGGUGGUGGGAGGUGCACGCAAGGCAGAGCAUCGUUCUAGGCUUCCUGUGCAAGUAUGGGCUCGAUGAGGCAGCCUUGCAGCAGGAGCUGCAGCUGAGUUUUAGAGGCCUUACGGGGCGCUUUGUGAGGAGGCUCAUCAUCAUCGCCACAGCCCUGUAUGGACCAGAGAUCCGCCGGCAGCAGGACCACCAGGACGCCCGUGCUGCGGGAGGGCACGACAGCCCCACAGCCACUCCCAGCCCCGUCACCUUCCGUCAGGAGCCUCCUGCCUCUGGCCCAGGCCACUCCAUCAAUCUUGCAGGCCCUGGCACUGAGGAGCUCCCCACUGUCCCCCGUGGGGCUCCUGGGCACCCCACCACUGCCACUGUGUCCUCAGAGGAGAAGCCGCAAGAGGAGCUGGGGCAGGUGGAAGCUGUGGGCUCCUCUGCCCAGGGGAGGAACCGCUCGCCUCGGAGGCCCCGGCGCCCCCUGAAGAGGACGGCCCGCGGCAGCCCCCAGGACUCAUCCCCACCACGCAAGAGGCCGCCCCAGCAGCAGCACUAGACCAGCACCCACUGGUGGGCAGAGCAUGGCUCAGGUGGGCUCGAAGGCCAAC